CCCUUCGUUGCUUGUCUCGUUUCUUAUUUUCCGUACGAUAUUUUCCGUUACACGCACAUUGUAAAAUUUAGCCAUUCUCACAUAGAAGAAUAAGAGUAUUAUGACAAACAUAACACAGACUCAUCUAGAAUAUGGUCUUGAAACAAAAGAAGCACUCAGCCAAUAUCAGGAUCAGCAGCUAAAACACUCAGAAACAGAUAUACCAUCAACGCAGAAAUUAUCAUUGACAGACUUUCUAUCAAAGAGGAAAAAACACCUAAUAUUUUUCACUAUUGCAACUGUGCUCAUUGUAAUAGUUGCUAUUGCUGUCCCAUUAUCACUUAUACAAGCUCGAAAUCAACAUCUUCAUGACGGUAGUGCACUCUCCAGUAUUAGUAGUAAAUCCGUUAUGGAUCCUGAUAACGAGAAUAGCGCGACUAACAGUACAUCUAAUACUUCUUCUCAAUCUCCCACACCCUCUCCACCUUAUCCAUCAAUAGAUACAGAAAGCCUUGACAACAGAAAUAGAACUAACAAUGGCACUGUACCUUACAGAGAAUUCACUACCCUUAUUACAUUGCCUGAUGAACAGCAACAAAGUCUCCACCCUCCUCAUUACGCUCAUCCUAUCUCGCCGUACGCUAACCUCAUCCGUAUAAAACAGCUUUAUCCUGCCACUAACAGUCGUAUUUUUAUCAUGGGCGAUAUUCACGGCUGCUUAACAGAAAUGAACAAACUCCUAGACAAAGUUCAUUUCCAACCCAACUCGAAGGAUAUUUUGAUCAUUGCGGGGGAUCUCGUGUUCAGAGGCGAGGAUUCGAUUGGUGUGAUUCGUAAGGCUCGGGAAUUAGGCGCGUACUGCGUUCGUGGCAAUCAUGACGAUAAAGUUGUCCGAUUGAAGACGUACGAGAUGCAACACAGUGCAAGCGAAAUGGCAGUACAUCCAGCAGAAGACGUCUUACCUGAGGGCAAUGUGCAUGAUCCACUUAAAUUCGGUAACAAGCAUUUACAGAUUGCGAAGAAUAUGAACGUGGACGAUUAUAAUUAUCUGGCUGGUUGCCCUUUGGUUCUCGACAUACCUGAUUUAAAUGCACGUAUAGUUCACGGUGGUGUUGAUCCCUCAAUUCCCAAUGUCGUUGACAAUGAUCCCUGGGCAGUAAUGAAUAUGCGCGAGUUCGAUGAACAUAAUGAACCUUCCAAACUAAAAUUAUCCAAGCAUGCGUCAGAAAAUAGUUCUGUUAAACAUUGGACAACUGUCUACGAUCAAUACUUUCACAACUCCCAGGCUACAAAACAAAGACAACAAUUUGGAACAGCAGCAGAGGGUGGCUUAAAUCAUACAACUAACAGUAUCACUGAUAUAUCCUCUGCAAACGGAACCAUUACUGCUAUUGCUAAUACAACCAAUACUACAACCAUUAAUAUUACUAAUACGACCGAUGCUACCAUUCCUGUAAAUAAUUCAACCAUUACAACUAUUUAUUAUGGUCAUGAUGCUUCUCGUGGCUUUCAAAUUGGAAAUGAUACAGUGGGCCUAGAUAGUGGUUGUGUUUAUGGUCGUCAGCUUACCACGAUUGAAAUCAAGUCAAAGAAUGUCACACAAAUCGAUUGUACAGGAAGAACGUAUAAAAAGAAGAAGCACGGUGAUAAUGAUGACGACGAUGACAGCGAUGACAAGAAAGAUGAUGGUCAUACUGAAGAGAAUAAGAGUGCAAUUCAAGAGCCAUCAAAUGAUAAGAAACAGCACAGCGGCGAUAGUGAUGGUAAUAAUAACAAUAACUCUUGAUUUAUUAAACCCCACCCCAACCCAUCUAAGCAAUCGUUUAAACUAAUUUAAAUCAUAUUUCAAUGUUAGCC